AUGUUUUUCGAUACAAAGAAAAUUAUCACUAAAAUAGCUAAAUUCAUUAUUUUGAGUCUUGCUCUUAUUGCCGCUGCCUCAGCUAGCCCAAUUGCAACACUUGCCGCUUCUCCUCUACUUGGUGCCUCAAUUGCUCCUCCACUUCUUGGUGCUUCAAUUGGCGCUCCAGCUUUAGCCACCCGUAUUGCUGCCCCACUUGCUGCUACUUCAAUUGCUGCUCCAGUUCUUGGUGCUUCCAUUGCUGCUCCAGUCAUCGGUGCUCCACUUCUCUCCGCUCCAGUACUUAGAACUUCAAUUGCUGCUCCACUUGCUUCAGCUCUUUCUCCACUUUCUGCUGGAAUCGCUCCUAUCGGUCUUAGUUCCGGACUUCUCGGUCAAAAUAUUAUUGCCGCUCCAGGAUUGGCUUCGUUGCCCCUAGGACUUAACAGCUUGGGAGGUCCUCUUCUUUUGAAGAAACGUGCUUAAAUCAUCUACUAUGUAGAAAAUAUGCUCUGUAUAUAGGAAUUAAAUAAAUAUAAUUUUCAUUG